AAAAUCGAAAAAAAAAAAGAAGAUCUAGUCCCCUGAUACUGAUACUGAUAGCACAAGGGUGUGUCAAACUCUCUCUCCCCUUCCCUUAUAUAAGCCCUCUCCACCUCCAUCUUUGUUCUGUUUCAAUUCUCAUCUUUUCGUUAACUGGUGAUGGAGUCUGAGUUGUCCCCUGCUCAUGGUGUCUCUUCCUCCGUCAGGGUUCUCCGGAUUGAGAUCGUGUCUGACCCGCCACCUAAUUCAGACAUCAAAAACGCUACAGUUGCCAGAGUUAGAACACUGCGUAUCAAAUCUCGUAUGCUGGCUACUAAAAGCCCUUUCUUCUAUAAGCUUUUCUCAAAUGGGACGACUGGAUCAGAGCUGAAACAUGUCACCCUCAGGAUUAAUGCAUCUGAAGAAGCUGUUCUCAUGAAGCUAUUGAGAUUUAUGUGCAGCAAUCCCUUGAAUGCACCACCUGUUUUGUAUAAAUUUGAAGUCUCUUCAUGCCGUAGCCAGUUAUUGCCAAAUUUGCCCAUGGCACCUGACUCUCCAUUACUUUACGUGGAGCUUCCUCAUACCAUCUUAAUGGCUGAUGCUGCCAAGCAGUAUCUUGCUGGCCAAUACAAGGAUUUAACCAAGUUCAAAGAAGAGGUUAUGGCCCUUCCUCUUUCUGGAAUAGAGGUAAUUUUGGCUAGUGAUCAUCUCCGGGUUAAAUCAGAAGAUGAUGUAUAUGACUUUGUAUUAAAGUGGGCUAGACAGCAUUACAAAAGACGGAAGGAAAGGCGAGAAGUUCUGGGUACACGACUUGGGCGUUUAAUUCGCUUCCCUUAUAUGACAUGCCGAAAGCUUGAGAAGGUCUUGAUCUGUGAUGACUUUACCCACAAGGCUGCAUCUAAGCUUGUAUUCGAAGCCCUAUUUUUCAAGGCCCAACAAUCACUGACAGCAUCUGCUUCUUUGAAUUCUCGUUUUGUGGAGAGGGCAUAUAAGUAUCGCCCCGUUAAGGUGGUGGAAUUUGAAGUUCCCCGACAGCAAUGUGUGGUGUAUUUGGAUCUGAAGCGAGAGGAGUGUGCUGCUUUGUUCCCAUCUGGCCGUGUGAAGUCUCAGACAUUCCAUUUGUGCGGACGGAAGUUUUUGCUAUUAGGAGCAUGCAGUUUGAAUAAACGGGGCACUUCCCGUUGCUUUGAGUUGGCUGUGGGAAUGAAGAAAAAGUCAUCCGGAAGCUUUGUCGUGGACUGUGAAUUUGCUGCAAGGUCUAGGCCAGCAAAGGAGUUUGUUACGAAGUACAAAUCCCAUUAUACAUUUACUGGGGGGACGUUUGUUGGUACUGGAAACUUGUUUAAGGUUACAUGGUCUAAAUUCAUGGCUGAGGAUAGUCCUUUUUUCAUUAACGGUGUUCUCCACCUUAAAGCUGAGUUCACUGUGAGACAUUGAUCCCUUUAUUUCUAUUUAUGAACAUUUUAUUCUAGUUUGGUAGCCUUAUUUAGCUGCUGGUUUCUCAUUUGAUGCAGCAAGGCAAGUGUACACUUAAUAUGAUAAUUUAACUCUCUGCGUUUCUAGUAUGCCAAAUACUCCAUAAUAUCAUACAAAUGGGAGCAAUAGUGUGUAGCAGCUUUAUAUUUAAUUUUGUGUGAACCAUAAGCACUUUGACCAA